UGGUUCAUCUCGGUUUCCAUUCCGGUUUCCCAGUUCGUGUUUGUUGCCCGUGAAGGAUGCCUUCUGCCAACCCCAAACUAGAAAAACAGGCCUCUACGGAGACCGUGGAACCGUUACGCCAAGUGAUCGUCGUAAUCGAGCACAAGAUACGGAAUCUCGAGAAGCGUAAGGGCAAGCUCGAGUCGUAUAGAGAUUUGCAGAAGAAUGGAAGGGAAUUGAAUUCCGACCAGAAGAUAGCGGUGGCGAAAUAUGACGAGGUGCUCCAAACGUUGGACAAUACGCGGGACUUGUAUAAACAAAUCGUCACCAUUUCCAACGAUGCGGUUAAACAGCAGAAGAAAUUGGCACGGAGAGAGGCUCUUGAGCGAACGCAACAAGACAUUGCAAAAGUGAAGGAUGUGCUACUUGCUCAGCAUGUCUUGGCAAGCAUAAACACCGAGUCUGUUAGAGACGACUUCUUUAAUGGAAAGAAUGGGGCUGUACAACUGUCGGAGGAGGAAUUCAAGUACCUAGACAGUUUGUACAAUGAGAUGAUGAUAAAACAUCAGCGUGAGGAAGGUGAUCUGACAUUUGUUCAACAAGCACAAAAAGUAGCGGAGCAUUACGUUGCGAUUGUGGAUGGGAAGCAACGUGAGGUUUUCGGCACUACUUAUAAUAAAUUGAAGGAGAUAAUCGCAAAGAUCAAUCAAUGCGGCUAUUUCGAUCAAGUUCACGAAUGUUCGGAGGCAGCACCGAUAGAAGAGAUUACCGAAACUGUGGUGGAGACAAACAUUACUAGUGCGCAAGCGGCACAGGAACCGGUCAACGAGGAGUACAGCAACGGCAAUGACAGGCACAUUCCACCGGAAUCGAUGAUACCUAUUCCAAAUUUUCCAGUCCAAGUUGCUACGCUUCCCGUUGUUUCCGGGGCCGCUCCAGUCUCGGGGCCCAUACCGGUUGUCCCGCAACCCAUGCCGCCUCAUCCAGCCGCGCCAGUCGACGCUCCUUAUUACACGAACGCCACUAGCUUUGUUCCGCAACCGCAGCAGCCACAGCAGCAGCAGCAACAACAACAGCAGCAAGCUCAGCAAUCUCAACAGCAGCCUCCACCGACACCUCGUAUCAAUGACGUCAUAGGCACGCCCAACUUCUUUUUCUUGCAGGAAUCUGAACUUGAUCCACAGGAGUCGCAAGCACCUAUCGUAACACACAUUCCUCCCACAGUCAAUGCGCCCAUUCCCUCGCAAACCUUCACAAAUCAGAACUUUACAAAUGCGCCUGUGGGUGUACCUCAGCAGGUCAUAUAUCAACCGCCGCAGGAUAUAUCGCACAUUCCUGGUUUCGCGAAUCCUAAUCCACCGCCGCCUAUUCCGAUGCCGCCUUCUCAUCAGCAGCCGAAUAUGCAGUAUAGCCCGCAACACCCGACUAGUUUUCAGCCUCAACAGCCCCAGCAGCAACAGAAUGCUGCACAAUUACCGCAGCAAGGUCCAAUGCAAAACUUCAAUGAGCAAACGCAUCAGCAAGAAACUCAAACGGAGGAAAAGGUUGAAAAUGGUCAAAACGAAAUUUCUGACUCAUCUUUGGAACAGCAAAAUGAAUCUAUCGAUUGGUGUCAGAUGACCGAGACCAAUGAUUGGAAUCAGCCCGAUCAACAGCAACAAUCCGUUCAAGAUUGCCAGCAAGCGUCGCAACAAACCCAGCAACCUUGGGUGCCUGACCAACGUGGUGGAUAUAGAGGAAGGGGAGGCAGAAGAGGGACCGCUAAUAGCUAUAAUAGCAGAGGCAGGGGAAAUUAUCAGCAAAAUGGACGCACAGGACAAGGCACGUACUAUCGCAAUGAUAAUAACUAUCAAAACGGAUAUCAGCAGCGUGCUUGGGGUAAUAACGAAGGGAAUAACGGAUAUAAUAGCGGCUUCAAGCGAGGCAGUGGCGGAGGAUCAAGAGGUACGCGCAACGAUCGCGUUGGUCGCGGACAAUUUAGAGGACAAAGGGGAAGCAAUCGUGGUGGAUAUGCACCACGUGGCAAGCCCCACACGCAAUAAAGGAGAAAGAAGGAACGCUAUAGCUAGCGUAAAUGCACAGUAAAACACACUGUAAUGAUGCUCUGCGAUUACAAUUCAACUGUCUAUUUAUGAAAAAGCUUAAGUCGAAACAAUGCAUUUGCGAUAUGAGAUGGAACUUCAACGAGUAGGUACCGUGCAGUAUUGCAUGCUUAAAAAUAUUAUACACGAUAAUAACUUUGAUAUUAAAGAGAUUAAUUACGUGGAUUAAGUAAAAUGUUAGUUUUUUAAAUGCAGAUUUAACUGCAUUGGUUUUUUUUUUACCUAUCGCGUAUUCACAUAUGUAUUAGGUAUCUUUGAGAAGAUAAAGUUUAUUAGUAUAUGCAAAAUAUAAUGUUGCAUCUGAUGUGUGUCAUACAAAGUUAUGUGUGACAUGAAAGAAAAUUCGAAAAAUCUUGCGUUGGCAUUUGCGAGGACUUGCGGCUUAGGAUAUUUCUUAAAUAUGACAUUGAACAAAUGAAACUUUGCAUUUGAAUUUGGUGUUUGUAAUUAUGAGGAGAAAAUUAAAGUUAAUAAAAAAAGAUGCAGAGGUAACAUUGUGAUAUAUGAAGAAAAAUCACUAAAUUAAGAAGUGUGAACCUACCGUGCAAGUAUUAUUGUAUUAUGACAGAAGGCAGGUUUCACAGGGCAACAACAGCUGAUUAACAAAGAUUAGAAAAAUAAUUUUAUUAUAAAAAAAAUACAAAAAAAUGAGAACUCAUACAAACAUUUCAUGUAAAGACUACACAAGAACGUAUUUAAAAAUAACGUUAAGAUGAUUAUAAGUAUAUAAUAGGCGAUCUGCACGACCAUCUCUUUGUCUUGCGCAUCAUUUAAAAAGGAAUUUUCUAAGAUUCCAGAAAGAAGAGGAUAUGAGCCAUGCCUUCUAAACUGCUAAGGAUAUUUUUGUCUGAAUUUGAGACGUAAACGUGAAUCAAAAUUAAUUGAGUAAACAGUAAUUUGCGAGCUGUAAGUGAUUCACGAUAUAUAAAAAUCUAUAAAAGGCGUUUUUUUUUUUUUCAUAUGAAGGAUAUGUCGUGAACAUGUGCGCUUCAAAUUGCUAUCGCUCCUUCUCCUAUUUUUUCUGGAUGAUUCCAAAAUUCUUCAUGAUCGCGCCCACAUAGCCACGGGCUAAGCGAAAGAGAUUGCGGUGCAAUGUCUUCGUUUACGAUGUAAUGCAUUACCUGAUUUUUUUUUGUAUUACGAAAAGGGAAGAAACAUAUGAUUAUUUUUAAAACGGAAAAAGCGAUUAGUGUGCGAGGCUUUAGCGUAUAAGUCGAGUUUAUUGUACAAUUAUUAACUAGAUCCAGGGGAAGAAGGAGAGAGAGAGAAAAAAAGAUGAUAUGUUUCUUAUACUGCGCCGCCAAUAAGCCACGCACCACACUGAAAAGUACUGUUUAUUGUAUUUCGUUUGUACAUUUGUGUUUAAUCACUAUCCACCCCCAACCUCCCCUAUCUCGAUUACGUUAAACUAUCCUAUGAAUACCUGUGUAUCUUCCAAAUAAAGAUCUAAUUCAGCCACA